AAAUCACCCAACUAGGAAGUGGCUGUUGCCUAACGACCGUCAAGGUUGUCAACAUACUACACGAAGAAAAAUGCAGCGCGAAAAGAGUGUUAAAGUGAAAGAAGUAAUCACUUCUCUCUGCAAACUACUGUCUGGGUUAAGCGUCGAGUCGAUCCCGACAGCCGAGGCUUUCAGGAGAGCCAAAUUCAAUAGAGAAGAUUCGGCACGGGACAUGUGGAGUUUGUUAUGUAGGCUUCUGCAGAGAGCCUUUGCACUGGAUUGUUCGUGCCACUGCCAGGACUCUAAAGACUUUGACAUGCAGCUGCUGUUUGUGAGGAGUGCUCUGUGCCACUGUGGCUAUGGGGCGCCGUGGGUGUUGGGGCCCCGGCCCCCCAGUCACAUAGACGAGGUGGGGAGCCGAGAUCUGCUCCUGGCGUUCGGCUGGGUGCUGUCAUCUGGGAAUCUGUUGGACUUCCUGCUGGCAGAGAAGCUUCAUCAGUUAGACAUGCUCUCAUCUGCACCAAUGAUCCCCCAAGGUCUAACACAUGGACAGGAUGACGUUGUGACAUGUGGACCAGGAGAGGAUGCCACAGUAAAGACGGAUCAGGUACUACAGGCACUGCAGUGGCAAUAUGGGAAACUGAGGCUCCAGUGGAAGAGCUUACUUUCAGCCCAGGAAGAGGGGUCUAAGUUCACUCAUAGGGUUAUCUCCAAUAUCAGCCCCUCUGCUGCUUGUCAGCCUCAUUUCACUGGUUCCCAUCACAGCAACACGACAUCAAGUGCACUUGACAAGGAGCUGGAGCGGAUACAAGCGCUGAAUGGAAUUCUGGAGGUGUAUCUGGAAUGGAAACUCCAUGAGCCUUUAUUCUGGUGCUGGAUGGACACCGUGAUCGACAGCUCCCUCGCCGAUGUGUCCGAGGUGGAGCCUGCCGACUGUCCACCUGGGGAGCGGGCUGUCACGGUGAGGUGUCCUCACAGCAACAAGACCAGGAGAGCAGUCAGACGACUUGACAAGAUGCUGCUAAGGCUGCAGACAGACCUGAGAGCCAGAAGAAUAGAGCAGUCCACUCUCACACUCACCUCACAGGGGGGACGUCAGGGGGCUUCUUGGCUCUCAGAUAGGCAGAGAAUGGAGGUGGAGAAGAAGGUUGCAGGUUAUCUAGAGGGUCUACAUCUUCCUAACACCUCCGCAAUCACAUCAAGUGGCUUUUUGCCAUGUCUCCAAGAUCCACAGCCCUCAAAGCCACCUCACAGAUUCCACAACGGAGAGCCUGGCCUGGCAGUGACAGCUGGGAAGCUCCAGGCAUCGACGGCUCUGGGCGAGCUGAGGGAGAGGGAGGCUGUUCUGCAAUGGCAGCUGGACGGGUUGAGGCAAAAUAUGAGAGUGGACUUGCAGAGACAGGCCAGCAGAAUAGAGGGGGUGGUUCUCAUCCCACCAAUUAAGAGAUAAACACACUAUUUGUGUCAUUAUAUGCACUGCGAUCCUGACAUAACACUGGACAAACCGCAUUUCAAGUCCCUAAAUAAGGUGAACAUAUUAGAGUUUUAGUUUAUUGCUUUUUCUGUGGAGUUUUGCAUGAAAGAGAGAAUGUAUUGCAGUCAAUUUUUAUGUAUUUAAAAAUGCCCUCUGCAAUGUGAAUGUCUGUUUUUGGACAAUACAACUUUUUUC